GAGCCUUUGAAGCGCAUUGCAUAUUGGGGAGCUGUGGAGUAAGUAUAAAUCUGAGGCUGAAGGGAAUGUCCAUACAGUUACCAUGAAGGCACAGGUGCUGUCUGUUUUGAUACUGUGCAGCAUUGCUGAGGAGUCGCUGGCUGUUACCAGGGAAUAUAGCAUCGCAGCGGUGGAGCUGAGAUGGGAUUACCUGCACACUGACUAUCUGGAGUCGAUUCCCACCAAGCGCAACUUCCCAGCAGCUUCCCACCACCCCAAGGAGGAAGUGCAGCAGUACACCAAGGCAGUGUACUGGGAAUAUACAGAUUCCACAUUCACAACUCCUAAAUCCAAACCAACAUGGAUGGGCAUUCUUGGUCCCACAAUAAGAGCAGAGGUCAAUGACAAAGUCGUGGUUCACUUCAAGAAUCUGGCCUCACGUUCCUACAGUGUGAAUCCCUUUGGAAUCUCCUACUGGAAACAAUCAGAGGGUGCAGAGUACAGCGAUGAAACCUCCCAGGCAGAGAAAGGGGAUGAUGCAGUAGCCCCUGGGGAGGGAUAUCAGUAUGUCUGGGACAUCCUGCCUAGCACUGGCCCCACCUCAGCGGACCCACAGUGCCUCACGUACUCCUAUUCCUCCCACGUCCACACUGUCAGAGACUUCAACUCAGGGCUGAUUGGAGCACUACUUGUCUGCAAAGCAAACACUCUGAAGGCAGAUGGAAGUCAAAGCGGCGUGCAGGAGUUUGUCUUGCUGUUCUCGGUGUUUGAUGAAGCUCAGAGCUGGUAUGGAGAAGCAGACAUGCUCAGAGAAAGACUGCGGAACACAAAGAGAACCGUUAAAAAACAGUAUCACUCAAUCAAUGGAUUUGUGAAUUCCACUUUAACUGGCUUGAAAAUGUGCCAAAAGAAGGCGGCCCACUGGCACCUGAUUGGAAUGGGCACGGCUCCAGAGAUCCACUCUGUUCAUUUCCAUGGACACACUCUGCUGGUGCAGAAUCACAGGAAGGUCUCCUUUGACAUGACGCCCAUGACUUUCGCCACCGCGCAGCUGACCGCUGUCAACACCGGGAGGUUUCUCAUUUCCUGCGAGAUACACACUCACCAGCACGAUGGAAUGAAUGCAUACUUCAGUGUGGAGUCCUGCCCGGAGGAACUGCAGGAAAGAAAAGUGAAUCAUGAUUAUGAUGAUGAAUAUGAAAAGGGAUUCAACACGGAAGACAUAUUGUCUGGACUUUUUGAGAUGCCUCCCAAGUUGAACGUGCGAUCAUCGUUAAAGAAGCAGCCAAAGAAGUGGGUUCAUUACAUCGCAGCAGAAGAGGAGGUGUGGGACUACGCACCAACCAUUCAUAAUGAAAGAUACAGAAGUUUAUCUACUGUGUAUUUAGAAAAGGGUCCGCAGCGCAUUGGCAAGCAAUACAAAAAAGCUGUGUAUGUUGAAUAUACAGAUGGCACAUUCAGAAAGCGCAUGCCAAAGAAUGGACGAGACAGAGGAAUCUUGGGUCCGGUUUUAAGGGGAGAAAUCGGAGAUGAAUUUCAGAUAACCUUCAAGAAUCUCGCCAGACAUCCUUUCAACAUCUAUCCACAUGGGCUCACGACCGUGCAGUCGUUUGUUGCUAAGCCGUCCCUGGAAGGGAAGGACCUGAAGAAAUUGGCCAUUCAAACCAAUGAAACGUUCACGUACUCCUGGAAAAUAACCUCCGAGGAUGGGCCGACCAAGUCUGACCCUCGCUGCCUGACACGCUUCUACCACAGCAGCCUGGACCCGGUCCGAGACGCGGCUUCAGGGCUUGUGGGCCCUCUGGUCAUAUGCACAGUGAAUACUCUCAAUUCCCUGGGAAAAGUGGUCCAAUCAGACAAAGAAAGGUACCUGCUGUUCUCAAUUUUUGAUGAAAAUAAGAGUUGGUACAUCAAUGAAAACAUAGAGAAAUACUGUGGCACUCCAUCCAGUGUGGACCUGGCUGAUCCUGGUUUCUAUAACUCCAACGUGAUGUACAGUGUCAAUGGCUACAUGUAUGACUACCUCAAUUUAAAGAUUUGUGUAGGAGACGUGGCUUUCUGGCAUGUCAUAAAUUUUGGGCCCCAGAGCGACUUUCUGUCCGUGUACUUUGCUGGAAACACUUUUGAGUGGCAUAAAAACGUGUAUGAGGUUGUGCUGACCCUGUUCCCCAUGUCUGGUGAAACUGUCCAGAUGGAGCCGCAAAAAAUGGGUGAAUGGCUAAUAGGAGCUUUCGACUCAAACUUCAGAGACAGGGGUAUGAGCGCCAAAUACACAGUACAUGACUGCGAAUAUGACUACAGAGUCAGCGACCUGGGGGUGGAUGAUUAUUAUCAAGUUUUGGAUUACGUGCAACACAAUUUUUCUCCAAGAGGCUUUAACAAAAACAACAGGACCGUAAUCUUCAAACUGUGCAAGAAAAACUCAACAACUGCCUCUGGUAACGUAACAGAAAGCCGUAACGCACCCCGCUGCAAAGUUAAAUAUGUUCAGACUCUCGAAGACAAAACUGAGAAGACUAAUAAAACCAUGGAGGGCUUGGAGAUUCCAUUGGGUGUCAUAAGUAAUUUGGAAAUCAAGGAUAGUCCUUCUGUUGAGGGAAACCAAGGUAAGUCUCAACCCUGGAUUAUACAGGGAAAUACAACCAUGCAGAAAGAAAUGACAGAAAAAUAUAUUCUACCAAUAAAAGCUGAGGGUGACAGACAAAGCAUGGGUAUAACCGGGAGUGCAAGCAGUAAGAAGGCUGGUUUUGAUCAAGGGGACACAGCAGAAGAGUCUGCUCCUUCCAAUAUUGAAAAAGAGUUGGAUCCUCUCCAGAGUACAGAAUCGGAGGAGGGUUCUGAAGAGCCGUCACACAUCCAAGAAUGUAGCAGUGACUGUAAUAAGCAUCGCAAGAAAAGAUCUCCAGAAUCGACCAAAUCACCAAAUCACCAUGAUCGGGCUAAACUAGGCGACCGGAAAAAUGGAAAGCAGUUAUUUAAAAAAAUUCUGAAUCGGAUUUACAAAGAGGACAAAAAAAACACUGUUAUGCAGCAUGGAAAUCAAGUCAUUAAAGUGACAUCACCUGUUCUGGAUAAUUCCAACCAAACUCAUAAAAGGUCGUCUGUAAAAACACAAGCAAACCUCACAGACCACGUUCCAAAUUCUCACUGUGUAAAAACGAAAGAACUGCUGCCUGAGGAAACGGAUUCCUAUUAUGAUUAUUACAGCCUUGGCGGGAAUGACACAGAAGAGGACUUUGAUAGCAAUGAUGACAUGCACCUUGAUUUGCGUACCAAGGAAGGGAAAGAGCACUACUACUUUAUCGCAGCCGUGGAGGUGAUGUGGGAUUAUGGCAUCAAGAAACCUCCACAGUUAAUAAGUAUCAGAGAGAUGAGAAGGGGGUGGGAGAAGUUUUUCCCCAAGUACAAGAAGGUUGUGUUCAGGGAGUUCCAGGAUGGUGACUUCUCUCAGCAGACAUCCCGCGGUGAAAUGGAGGAGCACCUGGGGAUCCUGGGGCCAGUGAUCAGGGCUGAAAUCAAUGAUGUCAUAACUGUCGUAUUCAAGAAUCUGGCCUCCAGACCGUACUCUUUCAACCUGCAUGGUGUGUAUGACCGGGCGAUGAAUCCAACUCUGUACAAUUCACAGGACAGAGCGACAGAGGGUGUCAAACCUAAUGAGAUACGCAAGUACUCCUGGAAAGUGACCAAGCAGGAGGGCCCGACUGACACGGAAUUCGACUGCAAGACAUGGGCCUACUACUCCAGCACCAACCCAGAGAAGGAUAUGAACUCGGGGCUGGUGGGCCCCCUGCUGAUCUGCAAGCCUAACACUCUCGACAAGGUCUUCAGACGCCAGCUGAACAUUCAGGAAUUCUCAUUGCUCUUCAUGGUGUUUGAUGAAACCAAGAGCUGGUACUUGGAGGAGAAUAUCGAGAUAUUCUGUAAACCGCCUUGUCAGAUUGACAGAAAUGACCUGCCAUUUAAAAGGAGCAACAAAUUUAACGCUAUCAAUGGAUACGUAGCGGAGACGCUGCCCGGGCUGGUGAUGGCUCAGCACCACCUGGUUCGCUGGCACCUCCUGAAUUUGGGCAGCGGAAGGGAGAUCCACACAGUUCAUUUCCAUGGGCAGUCGUUUACUGUGCGGACAGACCAGGAGCACAGAAUGGGCGUCUAUAGCCUGUACCCUGGCAGAUUUGGGACAGUGGAAAUGAGACCUGAGAAAGUGGGGUCCUGGUUGGUGGAAUGCAUGAUCGGGGAGUACCAGCUGUCUGGGAUGAGGGCACAGUUCCUGGUCUACUCUCCAAAAUGUGCACAACCACUUGGGAUGGCAUCUGGGAGAAUAGCAGACUCGCAGAUUACAAGCUCUCCUCCCUAUGGUAACUGGCUUCCUCAGCUGGCGAGGUUAGAUAUGUCUGGCUCUGUCAACGCCUGGAUUGGCCAGAUCAGUAAAUCAUGGAUUCAGGUUGACCUGCUGAGGCCAAUGCUGAUACAUGGCAUUAGCACCCAGGGAGCCAAGCAGAGGUUAUCCAACUAUUUCGUCACCCAUUUCCAAAUAGUUUACAGAACAGAGCAGGAAUCCUGGAAGAGGUACAAAGGCAACACCACACGCUUUGAGAAGAUCUUCUUGGGGAAUGUUGAUGGCUCUGGUACAAAAGAGAACACCUUUUCUCCUCCUAUAAUUGCCCAAUAUAUCAGAGUGCUUCCCUUGUCAUUCAACAACCUGCCCACCCUUCGCAUGGAGCUCAUUGGCUGUGAUUUGAACAGCUGUUCUAUGCCAUUGGGCAUGGAGAGAGGUCUGAUCCAGGAUAAUCACAUCAGUGCGUCUUCAUUUUAUGAACGUUGGUAUUCGUGGAAACCUUCACUUGCUCGUCUCAACCUGAAUAUAUUUGUUAAUGCUUGGAGACCAAAGGCAAACAACCCUCACGAAUGGCUGAAGGUGGAUUUUGGAGAAGUGAAAAGAAUUACUGGAAUAAUAACGCAAGGUGCCAAGAGCCUGAUGACCCAUAUGUUUGUGACUGAGUUCACUGUCUCAUUCAGCAAUGAUGGGUUCACAUGGACAGCUGUUCUGGAGAAGCAGGUGCCCAGGGUUCAGGUCUUCCAAGGGAACACAGAUUAUAAUAAAGAAACUCUGAACACUUUUCAGCCUCCGAUAUUCAGUAGAUACAUCAGGAUUCACCCGAAAAGCUGGCAGAAUGAAAUUGCCCUGCGCGUUGAGUUCCUGGGCUGUGACACUCAGCAGUGACAGCAUUGAGAGACUAAUACUAGAGAGACUAGGUUAUUAAUCAACAGCGGGAACCACCAGUACAGAUGUCAACAAUAAUUCAAGGGGUUAUAACCCAGAUUUAAAAUCUAUUGUCUUACCUCUUAUCAGCUUUAGCAGCAAUUGCGCAAGCCACCUCUUUCUUGGGUUGCUCUUUACUUGUUUUUUUUUCUUCUUUAAGAGCUUCACAAUGAACACCCUUACUAUAGUAUGGUGUUAGUUCUGGGUUAUGGCUUAUUAUCACUUUUCUCUAAAAACUUCACUUUGUGCUUGUCUGGAGAAUCCUAAAUGCUGAGACUAUAAGUCUUCAUUCCAAUCAAAUCAUGUGACAAUGUAACCUUUCAACUGAGCAGUCGCACACUGUAUAUAAUGUCGAGUAGGUGGGGCUGACAGAGUUGACAAGCUACAUUGCAAGGCUGUUGCUAGACACUGGAUAUUGGACUAACAGAACACAAUGCAAUAGUAAGGGAUAUGCAACACAGAAAUACAAUGAAAUUGAAGCUUCUUGUUUGAUAUACAAAGAUUCCAAAUGCAAUUUAUAUCUGAUGGUCUAACUGCAAGCAGGCACACAGCUCACCCAAAAAGAAGCAGGUCAGUGGAUUUUAAAGUUCUGAAUCUCCUCUUGUUAUCACUCCUGAAAUAAUAAGCACAUCAUGUUAAUGGCUAUUACUGUGCACCUACUCUAACAAUCACACACAUUUAGUUGAUUUCUACAAAUACAAUAAUCUUUAAAUUAUGAACAUUCAUAUAUUUAAGUUGUAUGCUCCAUCUUAAUUUUUGAUACAUGUCUGGGAACUUUACAAUUAAUUAUUGUAUUUGUUGUGUCCAAUCAUAGGGGUCUAACCCUAUACUCUUGAAUCAAAAUCAAAUAAUAGCUCUGUGUGCCAUAAGAUCCACCGUAAUCACAAGUGGAACUUAAUAUUGUUUUAUUCAUGUUUGGUGUUUUCCAUCAAUGUGUAACGAUCCAAUACAAACAAUCCCACGCUCAGAUAGUAAUGAAUGAAACGCUGUGGUUUCUAGUUCUAUACACCAGCAUUCUUUGUGUUCAGAUUACCAGAAUGUAACACAUUCACUUACUUCAAAAGUGAAAUGAGAUCAAUAUUAUACCGGCACCCUUAUAAAAGUUUACCACUGUAAUGCUGCAGUUUUCCCAUGGUAAUACUAUGCAUUUACUAUCGUUUAUCAUGGUUUGUCAUGAUUUUUAAUAUAAUACAAAAUGUACAAAUGAGAGGAGACCAUUUGGUCCAUAUAAGCUCUUGCAGCUCAUAGUAGCUGCUUGGGUUUUGUUUAAUGCCAUGUGGUCAUUUAUCAUAUCUCUCUAUACAAUAUUAACAGCUUCAUCAUAUUGUCACAAUGCUUUAUUGCACCUUGUUGUGUUUUUACUAUAGGAAACAUUUACAGUGUACAGAUCUGGUGUUAGAACAGAGAGACGCAGUCUGGGUUUAUCACUGUGUUAUCAUGGCUUUGAUAUAUGACAUUACUCUAUUAAAGACAACCAUUCUUAUUGUACUAGUAAAGAGAAAGUAGCCUCAUUUCCUUUUCAAAUUAAAUCUUUCUCAAUGGUUAUUUUUCAAUUA